AUGAAGUCUCUCCUCCAGGGGCUGGCCGAAGAAUGGGAUACCGGUAUGGACUUCUUGGUGUCCCGGCACAAUGGUGUAAAGGUCAACGAAUUGGCCACUCCAUCUAAGCUUGGAUGGAAGAGCGGAGAGCUCCUCGAAGUUUGGGACACCGAUGGGCCGGAGGAAGAGGAUCUGUAG